ACGCUCUUCUUGAGUGGACGCUCCCAUCUUUAUUCGGGCCGGUUUGUCUCUCUCUUUGUAGCGUACGUUUAAGCGACCCACACAGAUGUGGGAAUGACACUCCGGAGCUUUUAUCUGCUGUCCCGGACCUGAGAAGCGCAGUGAAGGAUGUUGUUUUGGCCGAACCGGAGCGCACGGCGAGCCCGGGCCUCCCUCCUCCUGCCCGGGGUCUUGAUCUGCGUGAUCCUCGCCGCCGUCGGUGCGAGUAUGCCGGCGAACAAGUGCCCCGAUCACAUAGACUGUGCCAGAAAGGGGCGGCACUUCUGCAAGCCUGGCUCCUCCCACUGUGGCCCCUGCCUCUCCCCAUUGGCGGAAGAUAAAGCGGGUCAUUGUGUUGCUCACAGGACACACUUUCUCCCACACCACCACCAAGCCUCUCAUCCUGACGUCGAUGAAGAAAUCGACUAUCUGUCCUCCGUCAUUGCAAAGCAGCAAAUGUCAGAAGUCAAACAGCCAGACUCUCGCUCGCAGUCUACUCUGCAACACCAGUCAGAAUCGAAACAGAAAAGUCUACACAAACCCACCACUGCAGAACCAACGACCAGCGGCCCAUCCACACCAACGCACCAGACCCCUAAAACUCUCCAACCGGUCACAAACUCGUCCGACCGCCACGGGCCAAUCAUCUCCCCCCACUCCUCCAGAGACAGCCUGCUAGUCCUGAUGAUCUCUUUAUGCAUUAUUGUGGGGUCCAUGGCGCUCAUCGUCGCUGCUGUCUGCUGGAUCAGGUUACAGAGAGAAACUCGUCUGGCUCAGAAAGUUGAUUACCCUGCAUUUCAUGCUGCUGGUGCCAAUCAUAAUCAUACUUCAUCUGGGGACAAAACUGCUCACAGUGCUCAGAUGUAUCACUACCAGCAUCAGAAACAACAGAUGCUCUCAAUGGAGAAGCAUAAAGCAGAACCUAAAGUGUCAGAGUCUGGGGCCACAUCAGAUGAGGAGAAUGAAGUGGGAGAUUUCACUGUGUACGAGUGUCCUGGACUGGCACCGACUGGAGAGAUGGAGGUGAAAAACCCACUGUUUGACGACUCCACCUUACACUCCCAGAGAAAUCACAAGUGACCUGGACACACACACACACACACACACACACACACACCUGCAUACUUUUAGAAUAGGUCUAACACGCCUAAAAGCAUUCCUCCAUAGGGUGAAGCUGCAUCUGUUACACCACACACAAAUGAAAAAAAUACACAUGACUCUGUUUUUCCUGGAAAAUCUGUCCUCGGAACAAAGUGAGAAAAACACCCAAACUCUAAAGAUACCGAAGAAGCGGCGGUGUGUAGUCAAUCAGGUAAAUAAAAGUAAAAGACAGCAGUGGUUAAAAGGUUUUUCUUUUACUCAGAUGCACAUAUCUCGACUCACCACGCACCACAAACUCUCAGUGGAAACUCAGACCGGCCUUUCAGUGCGGUUUCUUUACACCACAUCUUUAUUCUUCAAGACUGGUGUUAGUUUUCACUCACUUGCUUUUUAUGUCACCUCCCUUUUAAAAUCAUUUCUCUUUCGGGUCUUGUUAGGAAUCUUUAUAAGCAUCUUUUUCUGCUAGAUGUACUUUUUUAACAAGGCUUUAUGUUUUUUGGCAAAGCUGCCUCUAAAUGCACCUCUUCUUAUUAUUGUGUAUAAAAAUACACAGUGCUCUCUCUCACACAUUAACUUGUGUUAUUUGUCUCUCCUUAUCUGAGUAUUAUUUUCUUAUUGUCAACUUUCGGUUGUCUUUACCAAAAAACCAAAUUCUAAAAAAAGUUCAAUUCAAAAGUUAUUUAAUUUUUCACAUUAGUUUUUUUCCCUAUGUUCUUUAAUGUUGAGGCUCUUUCUCCCUCUCCUAUUUUUCUUUGUAUUCCUCAUUAAAUAUCAAAUCCAUUUUAUCUAAUGAUAUAAUGGUUGUGUCAGAAAUUGAAAUACUAGUUAGACUGAAACAGAGAGAUGUUGAGGUUCCUGUGCUCAAAUCACUUUAGUGUAAAUAAAGAAAUAAAUAAACUUAAAUGUAUUAUAUAGUA